GGAGAUAAAUAAUGUUAACGAAACCUUGAAAGAAUCAGUCUCCAAUUCGAAUACGUACGGUACGCUGUGGUAGAGACCACUAGAAAUAUCAAAAUGAGGGGAAUUAUGCUAACAGCGACCAGCUUUGCGCUUACAGCUGCUGUCCUGGGAAAUGCCUAUGUUCAGAAAAAGCAAUUUUAUCCUUCCGUAGUGUAUAUUACCAAGUCACAUCCAAGUUUAGCGGUGCUAUACCUACAGGCAUUUGUCCUGGUUAUACUCAUGGGAAAACUCUUCAAGAAAGUGUUCUUUGGCCAGCUCAGAGCUGCUGAGAUGGAGCAUCUGAUAGAGAGAUCAUGGUAUGCUGUGACAGAGACAUGCCUCGCAUUCACCGUGUUCAGGGAUGACUUUGGUCCGCGGUUCGUGGCCAUGUUCACGCUCCUUCUAUUUGUCAAAUGUUUUCACUGGCUAGCAGAGGAUAGAGUUGAUUAUAUGGAAAGAAGUCCAGUCAUCUCCUGGGUAUUCCAUAUGCGAGUCAUCACUCUUCUUGUGGUUCUUGCAUCCUUUGACCUGUUGUUCAUCAACUAUGCCUACCACAGUACUUUAACCAAGGGAGCCUCUGUGCAACUUGUCUUCGGGUUUGAGUAUGCCAUCUUACUGACUGUGUUAAUCAAUGUGUUCUUCAAGUAUGUCUUGCACACCAUUGAUCUACAGAGUGAGAAUCCAUGGGAAAACAAAGCUGUGUACAUGCUGUACACUGACCUCAUAAUGGGUUUUAUCAAGGUGUUCCUUUACACAGCGUUUGUUGCCAUCAUGAUCAAGAUUCAUACCUUCCCUCUCUUUGCCACCAGGCCCAUGUACUUGGCUAUGAGGUCUUUCAAGAAAGCUGUCCAUGAUGUCAUCAUGUCUAGGAGAGCCAUUAGGAACAUGAACACACUGUACCCCGAUGCUACCGCUGAAGACCUUGCCACCACAGACAGCAUCUGCAUCAUCUGCAGAGAGGACAUGGUGGCUGGAGAGCCCGGUGCAGGAGGAGGAGGGACCUGCAAGAAGCUUCCCUGCAACCACAUCUUCCACAGCAGCUGCCUAAGGUCAUGGUUCCAGCGCCAGCAGACGUGUCCCACAUGCAGGAUGGAUGUCCUGAGGCUGUCCGUGGCGGCCGCAAGCCAGAGGCUCAGGCAGCAGGGGCAACAGCAGCAGGGUGGUGUGGGGCAGCAGGGACAGGCUGGGCCAGGUCUGGGGCAACAAGGCAAUGGACAAGUGCCACCUGUACCAGGGCAAGGUAUGCCCCCUUUUCCACCAAACUUCCAGUUCUGGCUUCCUCAAUUUCAAGGAGGAGUCCCCUUCCCUCAGCCCCCUGUACCCCCACCUCCCUCCUCAGCUGCACAACCGGGAGCUUCUACUGCAACCUCCCCCACCACCACGGGAGCUGCAUCACAAGGCACAUCACCUGGUACAUCACCUGGAACUAGUACGGCCACACCCACAUCUUGGGGUACUUCUCUGCCAAACUUCCCCCCUCCCCCAAACAUGGGUGCCCCUGGCAUGGGUGGUAUGCUACCCAACAUGUUCCCCUCGAUGAUGCCUCCAUUCAUGAUGCCAUUUGGUAUGUCACCUCCGAUGCCCCCUCCCAACUUCAGCGGUCUGUCAGACGAGGAGCUGCAUGCUAUGGAAGGCAUGGAGAGACAGCAUGUACAGGCUAGGAUUGAAUGCCUGAAAAACAUCCAGUCACUCCUCGAUGCUGCAGUCAUUCAAAUGCAGCAGUACAGCACACUCAUCUCAGGAUUAGGUAUGCCAACUGUACCUGUCACACCGGCUUCCACCCACACUACAUCAGCCACGUCUACAGUCCCCACCCCUACAGUACAGACAGGGGAGUCACCUGCCCCGCCUUCCUCACCCAUUAACCCAGAGACUUUAACAUCGACGGCCGCCCAGCCCAGCGAGUCUAGUAAUGAUUUGUCUGACUUAGAGGGCGCUGUUGGCUUCACAUCUCCAGCCAAAGAAACCAAGGAUGAUGCAGCAGAACCCGCAGCGGAGAGCCCGGAGGAACAGGAACGCAACGAGGUCAGGAGAAGACGGUUACAGAGACUCAGUAGUAGUGAAACAUCAACUUCGUGAGAUUCCCUGUUCUCAUUUCAUUCCUCCAAUCACCAUAAAGGACAUUAUACUUCAUCACCAUGGAAACAUUGCACGAAACGGUCAACAAGAACAGUUUGGGCAUGGUCGAUGGACACAGAGCUGAUUCGAGAGUCAAGGAGCUUACUCCGCUUCGUUUAUUGGUUUUCUCUUCAAUCUACCAAGUACUGUAAGCAGAGCAUAAAAGAUUUCAUGAACAGCAUUCUGAAAAUUCUGUAAUCUUUUGGUUCAUUGAGAAGCAUGUUAAUUGUCAUAACAAAUUAAAUUUAUGUCAAGUAGACAUUAGUGCUUACUGGUACACAGAUGCUCGGAGCAAAAAUUUACCAAUUACUUUUCCUUAUUUCAGUUUGUUAUGACUGUCAACAUACUUUCAAUAACUCAUAACAUUGAUUUUAGAAUACCGCUCCAUUAUGGUAUUGUGCAUAGAGAUGCAUUUAUCUUUACCAGCUAGAAGUUAGUAUUGGUAUUAGUUUACUUCCAUAAUUUUUUUUGAAUAUAUAGUAUAAUCAGUAUUUUGAAUUAAUUGAUUACAAAGUCAAAUCUAAUCUGUAUGUCAACAAAUUUGAUUCAUUACCGAAUGUUAAGAAUAUGUGUGAAUUCCAAUAAAUGCAAUAUUGCUGCACUCAUAUUGAGUCAAGAAGUAAGAGGUAGACUUGCUUGUAGCAUUUGUGAGCUAAAAUCUAGACUUUUUAGUAGUUGGAAGGGGUUUUGGGAUUAUUCACAUUCAGUUCUACUAUUUCAUGUUUAAGAUAUCAGUUUUUAGUUUAGACAAAAUUAUGUAAUCGCAGUGAUGAAUUCAGACUUGAUCAGUAAUUUGGCAAACUGCAGUGUUGAUCUUUCUCGUUGAAAUGUCUGACUUACCUGGUCCUCUGCUAGCCUGCUUGGUAAAGUUUCCUGCACAUUGCACGAAGUCCUCUAAUUCAGCUGUGUUGCCUCUGUUGAUUAUAUGUUUCUGUUUCUACAAAAGGCUUACAAUUCAAUUUUUGUUUAGUGCUCUAGUAAAAUCAAUUUGGAAACUUAGUAGCAGUAUUACAUCCAUGAUAAAAUUUUUGGAGUAUCACAUAUUUUAUUAUUUUAGUGUUCAAAGAUAUCCACUGCAGCAUGUAGCAUAUAACAAAAAGAAAACUAUAUUAUUAUAAGCAAUACGUUAAACUCAAAUAAAGUUGAAUCAAUGUGACUGCAUGAGGCACAAAAAAAUGUAACCUAGAAUCCAAAUAGUGCUGCUACUGCUAUCAGCAGUAUAUUUCAUCAAUCGGUACAACAUUUGUGGCUUUGUUGAUACUGUAAUCUGACACAUAUCUUUCUUUAUUAUAUUAUAGAGAUACAAAAAAAAUGCAUUCUUAUCAUUUAGGUAUAAUAAUGGUAACAUUCUGUACUACAUAUCACAGUAUGAUGUAAUGUGCCUCUGCACUUCCAAUGAGCUCAAGAAACGAUCACCCUUGCUUUUUCACAUGCAGGCAUUAUCAGUGCACAUUGCAUUUCAUGAAACAAUCCUACCAGAUACCCAUUUACUUCACCUGGGUUGAGAGUGGCAAAUGUAGAUUAACGUCUUGCCAAAGGUAUUAGUAUUGUGUGAGGGCUUUAACCCAUGACCUUGGCGUCAAACGUCAAGUGUUUAAACCACUCUGCCAUGUGCAAGUAGAGGAUGUUUUUUUGUUUCAUUUUGUUUUCUUCAAAUUUGGUUUUAAAAGAAACUAACAGUGCAAUCAGCAGUACAAAAACAAAGUCAAUAUUGCAUCAAAGUACAUGUAUAUAUGAUUUGAAUAUUGUUAUAAAAUUUGAACUUGUUUUAUCGGUAGAAUGUGGUGCUGAGAAUUAACUUUUCUUUCAUGGAAGGGUAUGUGUGAUAGAUGAGAUGAAUAUCAAACUUUUUUUUUCAUGAUUUUUCAAAUAGUGUAAAUUGUGAGUUAUACAAAUAACGUGGAUUGUAGAUUUUAUAGUUGUUAUUGAUUUAUUUUUAUGGAUUUGCAUUUCAAGAGAACCUGAUUGAUCAUCAUUCUGAAUUGCUUGAUUAGAUUAAAAAUUGCUUGAUUUCCUAACUUGUUAUUCUUAAAAUUUAUUUCUUAAUAAUUUGGUUUUUUUUUGCUCAUUACUCAGUUAUACUUUUUAAGCCAACAUUGUUUGGAUAUGCCAUCUUUGAUACUCAGUGUGAUAUUAGUUUGAUUCUGUGAAAAUGUAUUUCCUAUCAUUACUAGAAUUUCUAGAGCACAAGAUUACCCUUAUUUUUUGUACAAAUACCAGUAUCCUUAAAUGAUGUACAAUUUUUUUUUUCAAGGAGAUUUAAAUAUCUGUCAUGUUAAACUUUCAUGGACUAUAUUUGACAGAGUUGUGUAUCAGAUAAAUGGCUGCCAUACCGCAGAGGUUACUUGUAAAAAAUUAGAAAUAAUCUGCAUCUCAUAAUUGAGAUUAUCUCUGUUUAACUAUAUGAAAGUGUAACUGUGGCAUGUUGGUUACUUAAAAGCUUGAAAUGAUAACAUGAUUUAUAUACACAAAUAUGGGUUUAGGUACAACAUUUAUUCAGCACUUUAAAUGGCCAUUUUAUGUUCUGUUCUUUGUUUUAUUGUAUUGUUACUCUUAAUAAAUUAUAUGUAUAUAAUGUAGAUUUAAUUCAAUGGACUUACUGAAGACUUACUAAUACUUGCCUUUAAGAGAUGCUCCAUCUGAAUAAACUUCCUACAUGCAUACUUUCA